AUGUCUCGAUACGCAGAAGUUUAUCUGAAUCCCAAUGGCCCUGGGGAUGCUCGUCCAACAGCUAUUCAAAUCAUCAAGGACGAAGGUGCGGAGGGCAAGCUAGCUGGGAAAGUUAUUGUUAUCACAGGCACUUCGGCUGGAAUAGGUAUUGAGACAGCACGUGCUCUGUCUUUGACUGGCGCAAAACUGUUGUUGACCGCACGAGAUUUGAAUAAAGCCAAGAACGCUUUGGAUGGAAUCCUCGCACCAGGACGCGCUGAACUGGUCAAGAUGGACAACAAUUCACUUAGCAGCGUACGUGUCGCCGCAAAUGAUAUUCUCCAGAAGUCAAACAACCAAGUCAACAUCCUUAUUAACAACGCCGGUAUCAUGGCUCUGCCUAAAUUGGAGCUUACGGAAGAUGGCUUUGAAAAGCAAUUUGGAGUCGAUCAUCUAUCUCAUUUCCUCCUUUUCGAGCUUUUGAAGCCAGCUCUCCUCGCCAGCGCCAGCCCAGAAUUCUCAUCUCGAGUCGUUAAUCUCGCCUCUUCUGCCCAUCACGUAGCACCGAUCAACGAAUCAGGCAACUACAAUUUCGAGAAGACCGAUUACAAUGAAUGGGUUGCAUAUGGGCAAGCCAAAACCGCCAAUAUCUACAUGGCCAAUGAAAUCGAGCGGCGCUACGGAUCCCGAGGGCUUCACGCCACAAGUCUUCAUCCUGGAGUAAUUGCCUCAACGGGACUCAUGCAGUAUAUGGACCCUGCAGUGGUUGAAGAAUUGAAAAAGGAUAAAAGCGCAUACAAAAUAAUGAAAACGCCAGAGCAGGGCGUUGCAACAACAGUGUGGGCUGCCAUUGGAAAAGAAUGGGAAAGUAAGGGCGGAGAAUAUCUUGCUGAGUGCGGAAAGACAACUCGUGGGAAUGAGAAUCACGAGAUUACAGGUGCAGGGUUUGCAGGGCAUGCUUACGAUCCUGAGGCUGAGGCUCGACUUUGGAAAGAUUCGUUGGCAAUGGUGGGUUUGAAAGACGAUCAGUAG